CCAGGAGGGCCGGGGGCUCAGCACCGGGAGCCCCGCUGCAGAUGAAGCCCUGGGAGAGGUGCUGGAGCAUCCCAUGCUGUCCUGCCCGGACUGGAAAAGGACAAGACGGAGAGCAGCCACGAGACUUGCUGGGACCUGUGCUGACUCGUGCCACACAAGAUGACAGCAAGAGACGGGCCCCAAGAUAGGUACAAGGCUGUCUGGCUGAUCUUCUUCAUCCUCGGCCUGGGAACGCUGCUGCCAUGGAAUUUCUUCAUGACUGCCAGGGAGUAUUUCAUCAGCCGCCUUGCAGACCCGGAGCAGAAGAGCCCCUUGUCGAACCAGACCGGUGAGGCUCCCUCGUCCCGCUCCUACCUGCAGUCCAUGUUUGACAACUUCAUGACUCUCUGCGCCAUGGUGCCCCUCCUCAUCUUCACCUGCCUCAACUCCUUCAUCCACCAGCGGAUUCCCCAGCAGAUCCGCAUCUCAGGCAGCCUGGUGGCCAUUGGGCUGGUGUUUUUAGUCACUGCGAUUAUGGUGAAGGUCACCAUGGAGCCUUUUCCCUUCUUCAUCUUUACCAUGAUCAGCAUCGUCUUCAUCAACUCCUUCGGUGCCAUCCUCCAGGGCAGCCUCUUUGGGCUGGCAGGGCUCCUGCCUGCCAGCUACACAGCUCCUAUCAUGAGUGGGCAAGGCUUGGCGGGCACCUUUGCCGCUUUGGCGAUGAUCUUCAGUAUUGCCAUUGGUGCCCAGCAACCCGAGAGCUUCAUCGGUUACUUUACCACGGCCUGUGUGGCGAUCGUGCUGGCAAUUUUCUCCUACAUCCUUCUGCCUCGCAUGGAUUUCUUCCGAUACUACUCCAUGAAGGACAAGACAGAGUAUCGUGUGUACAAUGCAGAGCUGGAGACCAAGAGAGACCUGAUUAAGAAAGACGAGCCCAAUGGGAUGGAGCAGAAUAACUCAAAGAUCAUCCCUGUCUACAACCCUGAUGAGAAGCCCUCGGUCAUUGCUAUUUUUAAGAAGCUCUGGAUCAUGGCUGUGUCUGUCUGCUUUGUCUUCACGGUCACCAUCGGCGUCUUUCCUUCCAUCACAGCUAAGGUGUCCACUGUCCUCGGAGAGGGAAACAAAUGGG